CACCCGGGCGGCCUUGCUCACGUCACGGCGGUGAUGAGGCCGGUGGCGGCAGGAGCAGCGGCGGUGAUGAUGAUGGUGCUGCUGCUGGGGGGGAUGGUGUGUGCCUACUCUCCUCGCACCGUGUCUCUGCCGUGUGGAGAGUGAUCUGCGAGCGGAGUGAUCUAGACGUUUGCCAGCCAGCCAGCCAGUGCGACCUGCUGCUUCUCCUUACACGGACAUUCCCCCCUCCGCCGACUAAAUCCAGCGGCGGCAACAGCCUCCGAGGAAAGCGGAGAAUAACCCCAUUGGCGGCGGCUGGCCGCCUCCAACAAGGACGUUCACUAUUAACUCGCCGCCGCUCUUCACUCUUCUGAUGGGCUGAGAUCUCCAUCAAGAUGUGUUGUUAAACAGGAAGGAGAGUGUCAGUCCAUCCACCCCCACCCAGUGAGAGUGUUGCUGCGACUGUGCCAUCCAACUAGUUAUUGCAUCCAAUCUACUUCUCCAUUAUUUGAAUCAGUACCAUGCGAAGAUUUGCAUAUUGUAAGGUGGUUUUGGCCACCUCAUUGGUCUGGAUGCUGCUGGAUAUGUUCCUCCUGCUUUACUUCAGUGAAUGUAACAAGUGUGAAGAAAAGAAAGAACGAGGCCUACCUGCUCGUGAAGAUGUGAUACAGAAGCCACAAGAAGGACCUGGAGAGAUGGGUAAGCCUGUAAUAAUUUCGAAGGAAAAUCAAGAAAAAAUGAAGGAGAUGUUCAAAAUCAACCAGUUCAAUUUGAUGGCAAGUGAUAUGAUAGCACUGAACAGAACUCUGCCCGAUGUUAGAUUAGAUGGAUGUAAAACAAAAGUGUAUCCUGAUGGUCUGCCAAAGACAAGUGUGGUGAUAGUUUUUCAUAAUGAAGCAUGGAGCACUCUUUUACGCACUGUGCACAGUGUGAUAAACCGGUCGCCACGAUAUUUAUUAGAGGAGAUUAUCCUGGUGGAUGACGCCAGUGAGAGAGAUUUUUUGAACAAGCCAUUAGAGAAAUAUGUGAAGAAAUUGCAAGUACCUAUUAAAAUUUUACGCAUGGAACAACGUUCUGGUUUGAUCCGAGCAAGACUGAAAGGAGCAGCGGCUUCUACAGGACAAGUGAUCACAUUCUUGGAUGCACAUUGUGAAUGCACUCAGGGCUGGCUAGAACCACUGCUAGCAAGGAUUAAACUGGACAGGAGUACUGUGGUGUGCCCAAUAAUUGAUGUGAUUAGCGAUGACACGUUUGAGUACAUGGCAGGGUCAGACAUGACCUAUGGUGGAUUUAAUUGGAAAUUGAACUUCCGCUGGUAUCCUGUACCUCAGCGAGAAAUGGAUAGGAGGAAAGGAGACAGAACUAUUCCAGUUAGAACUCCCACCAUGGCAGGAGGACUGUUCUCAAUAGACAGAGAUUAUUUUGAAUUAAUAGGAACAUAUGAUGCAGGCAUGGAUAUAUGGGGAGGAGAAAACCUGGAAAUUUCUUUCAGAAUCUGGCAGUGUGGUGGUACUUUGGAAAUAGUUACUUGCUCCCACGUCGGCCACGUGUUCCGUAAGGCUACUCCUUACACUUUCCCUGGAGGUACUGGACAGAUAAUAAAUAAGAACAACAGGCGGCUCGCAGAGGUCUGGAUGGAUGAUUUCAAAAAUUUCUUUUACAUUAUAUCACCUGGUGUUACCAAGGUUGAAUAUGGAGAUAUAACAGCACGCAAAACAUUAAGACAAAAGCUGUCAUGUAAACCUUUCUCUUGGUACCUGGAAAAUGUUUACCCUGAUUCUCACAUUCCACGACAUUAUUUCUCUUUGGGAGAGAUCAGAAAUGUGGAGACAAACCAAUGCCUAGAUAAUAUGGCAAGAAAAGAAAAUGAGAAAGUAGGAAUAUUUAACUGUCAUGGUAUGGGAGGCAAUCAGGUGUUUUCCUACACUGCAAACAAGGAAAUUAGAACUGAUGAUUUGUGCCUCGAUGUUUCCAAGCUUAACGGUCCUAUCAUGAUGUUGAAGUGCCAUCAUCUGAAAGGGAAUCAGCUUUGGGAGCAUGAUCCUGUAAAGCUGACACUAGUACAUGUGAACAGCAACCAGUGCUUGGAUAAAUCUACAGAGGCAGACAGCCAAGUACCCACCAUGAAAGAUUGCAACGGGAGCCGCUCACAACAGUGGAUUCUGCGUAAUGUCACGCUCCCUGAGGUUUUCUGAUGGAUCAGCUCUGAAGAUUUAAUGGGCUACCUCUGUGCACCUUACUGCUAGAUUUGUACUUAAAAUGAACUUUUAUUUUAGCAGCUAAUAGGUUCCUCCUCUGAGCAUGUGGACUCAUUUUGAAGGAUGUUCAAUACAAAACUUUUUGUUCAUAGAACUGCAUUCCUCCUUCAUGGUUUGAGACUACAGACUUUGGGGAAACUGUGCACACUGAUGUUUACAUUGUUUCUAACUGAAUUAAAAAGGGGAAAGUGGGGCUGACAAGAUUGUUUAAAUCUCAAUGAACGUACUUGCACUGUUCAUUAAGCAAAUAUGGUUUAAUCUAGGAAAUGGUCCCAAUAUAUCACUUUUUUUGUGUCAGUAAGUAUAUCAUUGUAAUUUAAUUGCACAAUUGUAUUGUCUGAAUUUGGGGUUCUUCACCCCCAAAAUGCCCAAAAUAUCUCCAAACAUUUUGUUUUCUUCGUGGUAACAAAUAUUACAUAAUAUCAGAGCAAGAGUACAACGAAUAUAUAUCAAACAUGCAUUUAAAUCACUUUUUUAUGAAUAAAAAUCUAUUUAACAGGGACAGAAUUGAUGAAAAAAAUUAAUAUCACAAUUAUGAUAACUUUAAUUUUGUGUAGAUUUUUAUACCUCAAUGAAGAAUUAACCAGUUCUGAUUUACAAAUUGUGAACAUUCGGUUUUGUUUGCAUCAGCAGUUUUAGUUAAUCCUUGAUAUGGCGUAAAAAAAGUAGAGGCCACCUAGAGACAAGCAACUCUUAAAUCGAUUUUUCUUCAGUUAUCUUACUUCAUUUCAGUUCCUCCAUAAUUUCUCACCGUGGUAUUGCUGUUAAAUCUUGUUCUUUUGGCUCCUUCCCGAAAUGUCCACCAAGACCUGCUGCUAUGAACGAGUCAUUUUACUAACCAGCUUCUGAAAGACAGUGAAUAAAUGUUUCUGUAUAGUUUGGCUUUGUAUUCUUGAUGAAUCAUGCAUUCGCUCAUAAUGUUAGGAAUGUGUGUAUCCUAGGUUCUGUUGGGUGUAGAUUUUUUUUCUCCUUUUUAUGUAUUUUUGGUUUAAAAGCCAAUUAAAUUCUCUAUAAUAAAUGCUCAUUCAUCAGUGGACUGAGCUGCAGCUGGGGGUUUUGCAGGAAGAAUUCUUCACUCUGUCCUUCCAUUUUACCACUUCAUCAUUUGCAUAACUACACUAGAUUCUGUGAAAUACUGGUGUUUGCUUUUUUCCUAAUAAAAUUUUGAAAACAG